UACACCGAAAGCAGACUAGCCCCUCCAUGCCCUAAGCGAAUUGGCCGGCAAGCACACAUUACAUUUUCUAAAAGCUGCCGCCAAAUUAGUUUUCUUGUUCUCAUCAACAUCUUCAUCAACCUCCAAUUUCCAUUUUACGAUACCCCUUGCCCUUAAAUAACCUGCCUUCAGAAAAAUAAGAAGAUAUGGGGGGCAAGUCCGAGAACAAGGCCAACUAUUUCGACAAGCUCAAGGGCUUGCUCGAGGCCUACAACUCCAUCUUCAUCGUUGAGGUUGACAAUGUCAGCUCCCAGCAGAUGCACGAGAUCCGACAGGCUCUCCGAAGCAAGGGUGUUGUCCUGAUGGGCAAGAACACCAUGGUUCGCCGAGCCUUGAAGACCUUCAUCCCCGACUCCCCUGAGUACGAGCGUCUCCUUCCCCACGUCAAGGGCAACGUUGGUUUCGUCUUCACCAACGGCGACCUUAAGGAGGUCCGUGACAUCAUCCUCGCCAACAAGGUCGCUGCUCCUGCUCGUGCCGGUGCUCUCGCCCCUGCCGAUGUCUGGGUUCCUGCUGGAAACACUGGUAUGGAGCCUGGAAAGACCUCUUUCUUCCAGGCCCUCGGUGUCCCCACCAAGAUUGCCCGUGGUACCAUUGAAAUCACCACUGAUCUCAAGCUCGUUGAGGCCGGCUCCAAGGUCGGUCCCUCCGAGGCCACCCUGCUCAACAUGCUCAACAUCUCUCCCUUCACCUACGGCAUGGGUAUUUCUCAGGUCUACGACCAGGGCCAGUCUUUCCCUCCCAGCGUUCUCGACGUCGGUGAGGAGCAGCUCCUCAAGACUCUGUCCCAGGCUAUUACCACCAUUGCCACCAUCUCUCUGGCUCUGAACUUCCCUACCCUGCCUUCCGUUCUCCACUCCGUUGUCAACAGCUACAAGAAGGUUCUUGCUGUUGCCAUCUCCACCGAGAUCACCUGGCCUGAGAUUGAGGAGCUCAAGGACCGCAUUGCCAACCCCGAUUCUUAUGCUUCCGCCGCUCCUGUCGCUGCCGCUUCUGGUGACGCUGCCGCCCCUGCUGAGGAGAAGAAGGAUGAGUCCGAGGAGGAGGACGAGGACGAGGAGGGCUUCGGCGGUCUUUUCGACUAAAUGUAGUCACAUCAACAGGAUGUACGACCGCCUUCCAGGACUUUGGUUGGGUUUACGACUUAUGUAUCUUAAAAAAGGGGCACAUAGAUCGUCUGCUGGACAAUUGAAUCUGUCGCGACGGUUAACGAAUCAAGAUUCAGGCCUCAACAUGCGAGUGACAGCUUUUACCAAACCGACUAAUGCAGCUCUGCUGAUUGAGUGCGAUAUCCAAAAAGGUUAGUCAGACAUUACACAGACACUUUCUUUUUCCUUUUUGCAUUUCCGGAUGAUUAUAUAAAUUGUUCAAGAGCUUUUUAACCCUGAAUCUCCUGAUGACACACACAUCACCACCCUAUGACGGACACCUAUUACAAUCAUGUUUUGACAAGCUGUUUUCGAGAGUAUUAAAGCUAAUGGUCAAAUUGUACAGGUCUCUACGCCCCCGA